AUGUGGCUUCCUGGGGACCACAGUCCUGGAGACCACGGCCACGGAGACCACAGUCCUGGAGACCACAGUCCUGGAGACCACGGCCACGGAGACCACAGUCCUGGAGACCACAGCCAUGGAGACCCCGGCCACGAAGACCACAGUCCUGGAGACCACAGCCGUGGAGACCACGGCCCCAUGAAGACCACAGACCUGGAGAACACAGACCUGGAGACCACAGCAAUAGAGACCACAGCCCUGGAGACCACAGCAAUAGAGACCACAGCCAUGAAGACCACAGCCCUGGAGACCACAGCAAUAGAGACCACAGCCAUGAAGAUCACAGCCCUGGAGAACACAGCCCUGGAGACCACAGCCCCUGAGGACCAUAGUCCUGAGAACCACAGCCAUGGGGACCACAAGUGUGCGAGGAGCUCCGAGGAGCCCAGGCCCCUCGUCUCAGCAUCUGAGUUCGCCUUCCUGCGAGACGGGCUGACCUUCCCUGUCUCCUGUUGGUCUCCCAGGGCAACCUGA